GCGGAGGUGGACCUGCCUGUCAGAGGACUUGUUGUUGCUCUGUCUGGUCGGCAAAAGGAGGGAAUGUAAAAGUGUGACAUUUAACAAGGUAAAGCAGGACGCAGGACAGCCGGGGGGGGGGACCCAGUCUGAUGGAACUUCAGCAACUGUGAUUUUGUUGGACGAAGGAGAACAGCGUGACCUGUUGAGAGUAUCAGCAGACCGUGAAAACGAGCCAUACCUAAACCGCUCGGCGAAGCGGAGGUUGGACACUGCAAUGAGAGAAGAGGUGUCCUGCACCAACUCCCCUGAAGGAGGGCUGGGGGCCAGUGAAGAGGAGCUGGAGAGGGCAUCGAAGAAGACCCUCCAACAGGCAAACCGAAAGCGCUCCCCCUACCCAAAGAAGGACAGCCUCAGUCAGACGGAGGAGAGCAGCACCGGCAGCACCAACAGCCUCCUGCCGUCCGGGCCGAAGAGGCUCAAGAAGAGCCCCUCAACCAUCGUGUCGUUGGCGCCCACGUCUCUGGGGCCGAGGCCAGAGCCGCCCUUUGAGGAGCUCCACUCUCAGAGGGUAAUCGCCAACGUGCGAGAGCGCCAACGCACCCAAUCCCUGAACGAUGCCUUUGCCUCCCUACGCAAGAUCAUCCCGACGCUACCCUCAGACAAGCUGAGCAAGAUCCAGAUCCUGAAGCUGGCCUCACGCUACAUCGACUUCCUGUACCAGGUGCUGCAGAGCGACGAGAUGGACGCCAAGCUGGCCAGCUGCAACUACCUGGCCCACGAGAGACUCAGCUACGCCUUCUCCGUUUGGAGGAUGGAGGGGGCCUGGGCCAUGUCCACCAGCCACUAGGACCCC